GAGUGUGCCGAUUCAUUAGUAUUCGUUCUUUGUUUCAAGAGGAAAGAAGGAUUAACGAUUGUCAGCGAGUGAUUCACUUUGAAGAAAACUCUUACAGGCCUUAUUUUUAUUUAUUUUCUUAUUUAAUCUCUUUAAGAAAAUUUGUUAUAAUUUUUUUCGUUUAUUUAAAACUAUUGUUUUUAAGAUAGUACUAAUUAGGGUUAAUAGUAAACGAGGAGUUUGAUUAGUGUUAUUUGAUAUUUUGUUUUUUCAUGUAAUAAGUGUAGCUAAAUUUAAUUGCAUAGCCUUAAAUAUUUAUUUCUCAUUGAUUGUUUGUCAUAUUUUUCUGUUUAAUUAUAGUGUUAAUUAGGGUUAAAUAGUGAGAGGAAUUUUACUAGUGCUUUUGUCAUUUUAUUUAUUGUCAUUCAUAAAUUUUUUUGAGUACAUUGUAUAGAAAUGUUUUUUAGUGACUAGUUAUUUAUUGUCUUACAGUAGAAAGUGUAUCAUUCAUGUGGUAGCUAGUAGAAUUUGGAAAUAUCUCAGUAUUGUAUUGACUUUGCUCUAUUUGAUCUUGGAUUAGCUUAUCUGUGUGCAUAUUAUUCAGAUAUUUAUUGCUAUUAGUCAUUUGUUAUAAGGAAAUCAGUUUAGAAUAUAUAACUGUGUCACAAUGAAUAUUCUUUGAUUGGAGAUUCGAUGAUUAAACGCUUGGAAGCGCAUUUAUCUGAGGAUUUGGAUGUUAUUUACCGAGGAACAACCAUUGAGAGGUUAACCAGUAGAAUUUCUAAAAUAAAGAAACACUAUGAUUGGAUUUUAGUGCAUGUGGGCACCAAUAACAUAUCAGUUGAUAGUGUAGAAAUAAUACUUCAAAAGUAUAGGUCACUGGCUAAUGAGAUUUUACGAGUCAAUCCAAAGGCAAGAAUUAUUUUCUCCAGUAUCAUUCCUAGAGAUUUUAAUUACUUUGAAAACGAUUACUGGAAAACUGUUGAAUGUAUAAAAAUCUUAAACCAUAAGAUUGAAGCUGUAAAUAAAGCAUUAGAAAAGUUGUGCCAUAAUGAAGAUGCUUUUAUCUUUUGCAGUUCUAACAAGCCAUCCUGGUCUGGUUUCCUGGGAAAAGAUGGUUUACAUCCUAAUAAAAGUGGUGAUCUUUGCUUGGCCAAUUAUUUCUGUAGGUUUUUAAAGAAAUGCAUUUCUUCAGAUAAUGCAUCUCGAAAGAGGAAAAAUUGCCAGUUGAUCACCUCGGGAUAUAUUUUGGAUUCUUUGGAGUUUCCUCCAUUGCCUUCCUGUGAUCAGCCUUCAUUUUUAUCAUCAGGGCCACAGCAUUCUGGUUCUGCUGUGCCUUGUAGCAAGGUACCAACUUUUGUUGACCCAGUUCCUUCAUAUGUUUCUUUUCCAUCAGCUUCUCAAAAGGAUCAAAAAUGCCAAUCAAUUGCUCCUAAAUUCAUUUUGGAUUCUACUGAGUUUCCUGCAUUGUCUUCCUCAAGGCAAUCUUCAUUUUUAUCAUCUUGGUCUAAACAUCCUGCUUCUUGGCCUUUGGCAUGGCCAUCUGUUUCAGCUUGUGCAGUCUCAACCGCUUCUUGCUCUCUUCCACCCUCUCCGCCUGUGCCUCGCUCUCUCCGCCUGUGCCUCCUACUCUCUCCGCCUGUGCCUCCUACUGGUCAUGUUCAAUUUCUUGUACCUAUUGUUUCUUAUAUGCCUAUGGUUCAGUUCUUGCCAUUCCAUUCUGUUGCCGUGUCCUAUCCUCCAUUUUAUGUACCUGUUGUUCCACCAUUUCUACCUGCUGCUGUUUCCUCUUUUCCAACAUGCAGUCAGUCAGUUGUUGCAUGCACUCUGCCAACCCACUCUGAACCAGAACCUGCUCGCACAUCCCCAGUCCACUCUGAACCAGAACCUGCUCGCACAUCCCCAGUCCACUCUGAACCAGAACCUGCUCGCACAUCUCCAGUCCACUCUGAACCAGAACCUGCUCGCACAUCUCCAGUCCACUCUGAACCAGGAGCUCCUCGCAUUUCCCCAGCCCAGUGUCGGCCAGCAUGUGCUUCUAACAAACUUGGAAAGGCAAGAAUUACUAAGAUAAGUAAAAAUAUUUUUUCAAAAUGUGACAAAAAUAUCUAUGAAAAUGUUAUUUGCAGUAUUCCUACAACAAAUAAAUUUGCAGUGUUACUAGAUGAUUGUAAAGAAGAAAAUAGGACAGAUAUAGUUUUGGCUCUAAAUUUAAAAAAAAUAAAUAUCACUGGAGGAGGUGCUCAAAAUUUCUCAUUCAAAGACUUGUUAUUAUUGUGGGAAAACUUACAUGUCCAAGUCAUUAUUUUCAAAACAUUUAAGAAAAUAUAAAUGU